ACUCUCUCUCUCUCUCUCUCUCUCUUCUCACUACCUAAUAAGGCCAUGCGGAUCAAUCAUCCCCCUUAUGACCCUCGUUCCCUCCUCCGAAUGCACUUAAAGAACCUCGAAAACUACAGCUCGUCCUCCCUGAUCGUCCGUCCCCAACAGGCCCCCCCACCAUCGAACCCAUUUGAUUUUGAUUUUUGAUUUGGAUUGAUUGAUUGAUGAAUCCCCGCAAACUCGACAACCCGGAAGAGAGCCGACUCUCUUACGUUAACGCCAGUAUUCCAUUUAUGUUUGAUGAGAACGGAGUCGACAUGAGGAAACGCCAUCUCGACUCCGACGUCAAGGCCCGUCGCACCCCUCCCAUCAAGGGCUGGCUCCUCGCCUCCUUGCUCGUCACCGUCGCCCUCCUUUUCCUUCUCUCCGCCACCGCCCUCGUCACCCCGGGGAGGAGCGUGGCGUCGUCCUCCUCCUCCGCUGCCUUGACCUACGUCCCGACGCCGACGCAGCUCCAGGCGAUCCUCCACUACGCCACCUCGCGCGUGGUCCCGCAGCAGUCCCUCGCGGAGAUCAGCCUCUCCUUCAACGUCCUCCGGGAGGCCUCCCCCUGCAACUUCCUCGUCUUCGGCCUCGGCCACGACUCCCUCAUGUGGGCCGCCCUCAACCCGCGCGGCACCACCGUGUUCCUCGAGGAGGGCGAGUCGUGGAUCCGGUCCGUGCUCGCCAAGGCCCCGGCCCUGCAGGCGUACCACGUGCAGUACCCGACCCGGCUCGCCGAGGCCGACGAGCUCAUGGCCACGUACAGGAAGGAGCGGGACUGCAUGCCCGGGCGCGCCCGGCUGGGGAGGGAGAGCCGGUGCCGGCUGGCGCUGCCGGGGCUGCCGGAGGAGGUGCGGCACAAGCAGUGGGACGUGAUCAUGAUCGACGCACCGAGGGGGUACUUCGCCGAGGCGCCGGGGAGGAUGGGGGCGAUAUUCACGGCGGCUGUGAUGGCGAGGGGGCGGGUGGGGGAGGUGACGCACGUGUUCCUGCACGACGUGAACCGGCGGGUGGAGAGGGCGUACGCGAAGGAGUUCCUGUGCAUGAAGUACAAGGUGGAGGGCGUGGGGAGGCUUUGGCAUUUCGAGAUCCCGCCGUCCCAUAACGCGAACGCCUCACGAUUCUGUUGAGGACGACUUUAUUAUCCUCUUCUUCUUCUUUUUUUUCUUCCAAGUUUUGGUAUCGUCG